AUGAGCCUUACUACAGGGAGAUCUGUGGAUACUCUUCCUACCCUGGAGGAAGUCAAGGCGUCAAUCAAGGACCGCAACGUUCCUUUGGAAGCAGCUUGGAUUUGGGGCCAGGACGAUGAGGUAAGUACCCGAUGCGGUAUGCAGGCAUGGUCUGACCAUGGGGUUGUUGGAAGGGGCGUACUGCUGGACUACUAUCGCUGGAAGGCGGAAGUCAAGAAUGAACCAUACGAUGCCUUUACCUCUCAUGCGAUCCACCUGGAUGAGCUGAAAGCUGUAGCAGCCUAUCAGAACGUCGAGUUUCAGGUCGGAGACAUUCUUCUGGUCCGGAGUGGCUACACAGCUACCUACUACAAGUACGAGAAAUCGGCUCCCGAGAGGCUCGUGGAAGCGGGCACCCACAAGCCUAACCUAACAGGCCUUGCGCAGACGGAAUAG